AUGCAAUUUCAUGGUAUUGACCUGACAGGUGAUCAUGGACAGUCAUCAGUUUCUGGAACAGAAUAUAUCCCACAGCUGACAGCAGGCGGUGUACUUUCGGCUCUAGCCACUUUUAGGAUCCUCCAAGAACCUUUGAGGAAUUUUCCAGACUUGGUAUCUACAAUGGCUCAGACAAAAGUUUCUAUUGAUCGACUUACUUGUUUUCUGCUUGAGGAAGAAUUGCAGGAAGAUGCAACUAUUGUCUUGCCACAGGGUGUUUCUAACAUUGCCAUAGAAAUUAAGGAUAGUGAAUUCUCUUGGGACCCUUCUUCAUCUUCCAGGCCUACUCUUUCAGAGAUAAAUAUGAAAGUUGAAAAAGGGAUGCGUGUGGUUGUUUGUGGCACAGUUGGUUCAGGGAAAUCAAGUUUUCUUUCUUGCAUCCUUGGAGAGAUUCCUAAAAUAUCUGGUGAAGUCAGUGUGUGUGGUUCUGCUGCAUAUGUCUCCCAAUCAGCAUGGAUACAAUCAGGAACUAUCGAAGAAAAUAUACUCUUUGGAAGUCUAAAAGACAAAGCAAAGUACAAGAAUGUUCUUCAUGCUUGUUCACUGAGAAAGGAUCUAGAACUUUUCUCGCAUGGAGAUCAGACAAUUAUUGGUGAUAGAGGUAUAAACCUGAGUGGGGGUCAGAAGCAACGGGUGCAACUUGCCCGAGCGCUAUACCAAGAUGCUGAUGUUUAUCUCCUCGACGAUCCCUUCAGUGCAGUUGACGCACACACUGGAUCGGAGCUGUUUAGGGAAUAUAUAUUGUCAGCACUGGAAAAUAAAACAGUCAUUUUUGUGACCCAUCAAGUUGAAUUUCUUCCUGCUGCUGAUCUCAUACUGGUUCUCAAGGAAGGUAGCAUCAUACAAGCCGGAAAGUAUGACGAUCUCUUAAAAGCAGGAACAAAUUUUAAAGCUCUAGUUUUAGCUCACCAUGAAGCGAUAGAGGCUAUGGAUAUCCCUAAUCAUUCAUCUGAAGAUUCAGAGGAGCAUUUAUCAUUGGAGGAAUCUGUUAUGACAAGUAAGAAAUCCAUUUGUUCUGAGAAUGAUGUUGACAGUUUGACAAAGGAAAUGCAAGAAGGACCAUCGUCUUCCGAUCAAAAAACAAAUAAGGAGAAGAAGAAAGCUAAAAGAUCAAGGAAAAAACAGCUUGUACAGGAAGAGGAGAGGGUUAGAGGUAGAGUUAGCAUGAAGGUGUAUCUUUCAUACAUGGCAGCGGCAUAUAAAGGUUCAUUGAUUCCACUCAUAAUCAUUGCACAAGCAUUAUUUCAGUUCCUUCAGAUUGCUAGUAAUUGGUUGAUGGCAUGGGCUAAUCCUCAAACAGAAGGAGACAAGCCCAAAGUAACUCCCAUGAAUCUUCUUCUCGUUUACAUGGCUCUUGCUUUUGGCAGUUCAUUGUUUAUAUUUGUUAGGGCUGUUCUAGUCGCUACGUUUGGUCUCGGAGCUGCACAGAAGCUAUUUUUGAAGAUGCUUAGAUGUGUUUUCCAUGCACCGAUGUAUUUCUUUGAUUCUACACCCGCUGGAAGGAUCUUGAAUCGGGUUUCUGUUGAUCAGAGUGUUGUGGAUCUUGACAUCCCUUUUAGACUUGGUGGUUUUGCUGCUACAACAAUACAGCUUAUCGGUAUUGUCGGUGUAAUGACAGAAGUUACAUGGCAAGUUUUGCUCUUAGUCAUCCCAAUGGCCAUUGCUUGUUUAUGGAUGCAGAAAUACUACAUGGCUUCCUCUAGGGAACUGGUCCGUAUUGUAAGCAUCCAGAAAUCACCAAUUAUAAAUCUUUUUGGUGAAUCAAUUGCUGGAGCAUCCACAAUCAGGGGUUUCGGACAAGAAAAAAGGUUCAUGAAGCGGAACCUCUAUCUUCUUGAUUGUUUUGCACGACCUUUCUUCUAUAGUCUUGCUGCUAUUGAGUGGCUCUGCCUGCGUAUGGAGCUCCUGUCCACCUGUGUAUUUUCUUUCUGCAUGCUAUUGCUUGUUAGCUUUCCCCAUGGAAGUAUUGACCCUAGCAUGGCUGGACUUGCCGUGACAUAUGGUCUUAAUUUGAAUGCGCGGUUAUCCCGUUGGAUACUUAGCUUUUGCAAACUUGAAAACAAAAUUAUAUCUAUUGAAAGAAUUUAUCAGUACAGCCAAAUUCCUAGUGAAGCACCAGCAGUUAUUGAAGAUUCUCGCCCUCCAUCCUUAUGGCCUGAAAAUGGGACAAUUGAAAUAGUUGACUUGAAGGUCCGUUACAAAGAAAAUCUUCCUUUGGUGCUUCAUGGAGUAUCAUGCACAUUUCCUGGUGGGAAGAAUAUAGGAAUAGUUGGACGCACCGGCAGUGGUAAAUCUACGUUGAUUCAAGCAUUGUUUCGACUGAUUGAACCAGCAGACGGAAGUAUCCGCAUAGACAACAUCAAUAUUUUACAGAUCGAUCUUCAUGACCUCCGAAGUCAUCUCAGUAUCAUACCGCAGGAUCCGACCUUGUUUGAAGGGACCAUUCGAGGCAAUCUUGAUCCUCUUGAGGAGCACUCAGAUAAAGACAUUUGGGAGGCACUAGAUAAGUCUCAACUUGGAGAGAUCAUCUGUGAGAAGGGACAAAAGCUUGAUUCACCAGUUAUAGAAAAUGGAGACAAUUGGAGUGUAGGACAACGACAACUUGUUUCUCUUGGCCGAGCUCUAUUGAAGCAGUCAAAAAUACUUGUACUUGAUGAAGCAACAGCAUCCGUCGACACUGCCACUGACAAUCUUAUCCAGAAGAUUAUUCGAACAGAGUUCAAAGCCUGCACCGUCCUCACCAUUGCACAUCGUAUCCCUACUGUCAUCGACAGCGAUCAAGUUCUAGUGCUCAAUGAUGGUCGAGUUGCUGAAUUUGACACUCCUUUACGACUAUUGGAGGAUAAGUCAUCCAUGUUUCUAAAGUUGGUGUCUGAAUAUUCGUCACGGUCGAGUGGUAUACCAGAGUUUUAG